AUUGUGAUUUUUGUUGUUUUCGUGGAUUUUCGCUGUCUGCUACCGAUUCAUUCUGACUUAUUAUUACAUAUUCUGAGUAGAGCGCCGCGUUUUCCUAAUUGUUGAUUUUAAUACGUAGGUAGUAAUUCUCAUCAAUAAAAGAAAAAAAUGAGUAAACAUCAUUCACACGAGUUGAGUGAACAUCCGGAGGUUCAAUGGGCUCUUGAUCUGCUCAAACCGGAUCCCACGUAUGAGCACAGUGUGCUGUCGAAGUACUCGACGGAAAUAGUACUUAUGUUAGGCGGUUUCGCGAUGCCAACAUUCUCAAAUGUAUAUAACAAUAAGCCGUUUUAUGCCGGAAUACAGAAGCAUAUUAUGUUCGUAGCAGGGGGAUACGUUUUGUCACAAUUUGUAAAGAAGUUUGUUGACGAUUUUCAAGCGGAACGUGAUACUAAACUGAGAGAUUAUAUUAUCCGACAUCCAGAACUUUUCCCCGAGCCAGAACGUAUAAAGUAUAGCCAAGUGUUGGAGGAGUGGACCCCAGUGCGUUAAUUAAUGUGAAAACUGUUAGAGAUGAUUGUACUAUCUUAAUGGCGUGUCUCUUACAAUGCAGACAGACAGUGCAGUUCAAUGCAAUGAAGUAGACAUAUUGUAUAUAUAUUUUAAAAUAUAUAUCUAUAUAUAUAUAAUACAUAGUGUUUCGAUUAACGAAAACAACACACUGUUUUUAUAUAUAAUAAAUAAGGAAUGUUGUAUAUAAGAAAAUAAAGGAAAUAGAAGGGCUCGAGGAAGAGAAUA